CUUUACAUUUUAGAGCAGGUACAUUUCAGAUAAUCCUGGCGUGUCACGAAUGCGAGCGGAGGGGACUCGCAGCUUGGGAGAGCAAUAGCUACCAGGCUCUUUUCGGGACAAUUUGCCAAGUUGUCUCGCUAGCAGCAGCAGCAGCACUCUGGGGAAGGAGACAAGCAGGACAUUGGAAUUCAAGAUCACACAACCAGCAGCUUCAGUGGAGAAAAACUAUUUUACUGGCAACUCUUUUUAAAGCACCAUCAUUUCAAAUCAGUGCGCUCUUAAACUAUUGACAGGAGCUUUGACAACAAGACAGGAUGCCUCAUAAAGAGGGAAGACUUUAACUAGUGACACGCAGAUGUGUGAGUCCCUAAAUUGUAUGAGAGGACAGUCCACCCAGAUUUCAGAACACUAUAAGCGAGCCACGUGGGAUACUGCUCUAUCAAUUCAACAUGCAGAACAGUCACAGCGGAGUGAAUCAGCUCGGCGGUGUGUUUGUCAACGGGAGACCACUGCCAGAUUCAACCAGACAGAAAAUAGUGGAACUAGCGCAUAGUGGGGCUCGUCCGUGCGAUAUCUCCAGAAUCCUGCAGACCCAUGCAGAUGCAAAAGUCCAAGUGCUGGACAAUCAAAACGUGUCGAAUGGAUGUGUGAGUAAAAUUUUGGGCAGGUAUUACGAAACUGGCUCCAUCAGACCCAGGGCAAUCGGAGGUAGUAAACCAAGAGUAGCGACUCCAGAAGUUGUAAGCAAAAUAGCGCAGUAUAAACGAGAGUGCCCCUCCAUCUUUGCGUGGGAGAUUCGAGACAGAUUACUAUCAGAGGGGGUCUGUACCAACGAUAAUAUACCCAGUGUAUCAUCAAUAAACAGAGUUCUACGCAACCUGGCUAGCGAAAAGCAACAGAUGGGUGCAGAUGGGAUGUAUGACAAGCUAAGAAUGCUGAAUGGGCAGACAGGGACAUGGGGCACGCGACCCGGAUGGUACCCCGGUACGUCAGUGCCUGGACAGCCUACGCAAGAUGGCUGUCCACAACAGGAAGGAGGAGGUGAAAACACAAACUCCAUCAGCUCUAAUGGAGAAGAUUCAGAUGAGGCCCAGAUGAGACUUCAGCUGAAAAGAAAGCUGCAGAGAAAUAGGACAUCCUUUACCCAAGAGCAAAUUGAAGCCCUUGAGAAAGAAUUUGAGAGAACCCAUUAUCCUGAUGUGUUUGCCAGGGAGAGACUAGCUGCCAAAAUAGACCUACCUGAAGCAAGAAUACAGGUGUGGUUUUCCAACAGGAGGGCAAAAUGGAGAAGGGAAGAAAAACUGAGGAAUCAGAGAAGACAAGCCAGCAACACACCCAGCCAUAUUCCCAUCAGCAGUAGUUUCAGCACAAGUGUCUACCAACCAAUCCCGCAACCUACCACACCCGUUUCCUCUUUCACAUCAGGUUCAAUGUUGGGCAGAACAGACACUGCGCUAACAAACACAUACAGUGCUCUGCCACCAAUGCCUAGCUUCACAAUGGCUAACAACCUGCCUAUGCAACCCCCAGUACCCAGCCAGACCUCCUCCUACUCUUGCAUGCUGCCCACUAGUCCGUCAGUGAAUGGGCGGAGCUAUGAUACGUACACACCUCCUCACAUGCAGACACACAUGAACAGCCAGCCAAUGGGCACCUCUGGAACCACUUCAACAGGUCUUAUUUCACCUGGCGUGUCAGUUCCAGUUCAAGUUCCUGGCAGUGAACCUGAUAUGUCUCAAUACUGGCCAAGAUUACAGUAAAACAUGUGUUAAUUCCGUAAAUGACUAUAUGGACAACAGUUGGAUGUUCAGCAGUAUUUUAUAAAGGAAGAAUGGCUUCUGUACUGCAACUGUGCCCUAUUCUGUAACACAUGGAAAAGACUUUAACAUGGACCUUUGUACACUGAAGGCAUUAUAUCAGUUGGAACAAAUCUUCAUUUUGGUAUCCAAACUUUUAUUCAUUUUGGUGUAUUAUUUGUAAAUGGGCAUUUGUAUGUUAUAAUGAAAAAAAAAAGAACAAUGUAGACUGGAUGGAUGUUUGAUCUGUGUUGGUCAUGAAGUUGUUUAAAAAAAAAGAAAAGAGGAAGCCAUGAUCAACAAGCUUUGCCACGAAUUUAAGAGUUUUAUCAAGAUAUAUCGAAUACUUCUACCAAUCUGUUUAUAGAUUAUGGACUGAUGUUCCAAGUUUGUAUCAUUCCAUUGCAUAUAAUUAAACCUGGAACAAUACGCACUAGAUUUAUGUAAGAAAAAUAUCUGUUGGUAUUUCCAAAGGUUGUUAACAGAUGAAGCUUAUGUGCAAACAAGGGGUAAAAGAGAACUUCAAUGAAGAAAAGAGUUUGAUAGAUAAAAGGUAGAUUGUGUCUUCGAUAUAAUCCAAUUUGUUUUAUGUCAAAAUGUAAGUAUUUGUCUUCCCUAGAAAUCUCCCAGAAUGAUUUCUAUAAUAAAGUUAAUUUCAUUUAUAUUUGACAAGAAUAUUCUAUAGAUGUUUUAUACACAUUUUCAUGCAUCAUACAUUUCUUUUUUGGUCGGCAAAAGUUAAUUGUU